AUCUGUGAACACAAAACAAACGUUUAUUAUUUGAUACAUUGUUUUCGCUAUUAAUUUUUGAAUAAAACAUACAAGUUUAAAUCAAAAAUAUUUUUUUCUAUAAGUUAGAAAAAUUGUUAAAAAUAAAAGUAAUAACUGUUUAUGUUAAUAAAAUCAUUACAACAUAACCUUUAUGAUGUCAGUAAGUUACUAUUUUCAUAUGUGACAUUGCUAUGGACGAUGACUAUAAAGAUUAUAGAAAGAAUAAACCACAACAAAAACUUUAUAAACCAGGUAGUGGACCUUUAAGAAGAUCGAAAUAUGGUUCGGAUGCUAGGAUGGAGUCCUAUGAUAUAGAUGAAGGCCUCAAGGGCAGAAAUAGGAGUCAUUAUGGCUCUGUGAAUUCAGUGAAUGGUGAUACUGAAGUAUAUAAAGAGCAAAUGGUUAGCAAUCGAUUUCGUAAACCAGAACAACAACUCUACCAAGCCAGGUCAGGAGAUUCAUAUUAUGAAAACGAUAGACCACCUAAGACACAAACACGCAGUGAUCAUUCUAGUCAUUACAAAAGACCAAUGUCGGGUAAGCAGGAUAAUCACGGUGGUAAUGCAGGGUCAUAUCAUACAAAUUCCAGAAAGGACCCACAAAUUAAAGGUGGCAUGUCAAAUGAUAUAAACUUUAAUAGACAAUUUAACCAGGAAUCAAUAUCAAGAUCAUCAUCACCUGCAAAGAGUGUCCAUGGUAUGAAUUCUCUGGAACGCAACAGAGAUAGUAGAAGUAUGGAAACAUGGGCAGGGAGAUAUAAAUCUAAUUCUGGUGGAAAACCUCCUUUGGGCCGGAGAAAUUCUGCAGGGUUUUCUGGUGAGCCACGUCAUAAACAUGUAGUAAACUUGGAUAAUAUACCUCCAAGAUUUAGGAAAAAAUAUUUAGAACAAUCUGGUCAUCACAGCAUUGAAAGCAUAGACCAAUUCAAUAGAGGUCCGCAUAAUGAUCUCUCUCAAUCUUCAUAUAGUUCUGGUCAGACACAAAGUUCUUGUUGGUCUCAAACUUUACCAUCUCGAGGCAGGGGUCGGUUAAGGGAGCAUGAGCACUUUGACAGAGAGAAGUUUAUCAACUCUUAUUUAAAGAACUAUGAUGUUCAUAAUUCACAUCGAUCAACACCUAGCAGUUCUUAUACCAACUUGUAUGAACCACAUGAAAUGGAAAAUAGAAAUAUACACAACCAAAUUGAAAAUCACCAAUCAAAUAAUGAGGUUUAUGAAAAUGUGUCCAAAAAUGGGAUGAAUAAUUAUGUGAAUGAUGCGGAUAAAGAUGUGAGCAAAACUGAAAGUGAAAAUUCAAAGGACACAGAAACAUUUCCGACCAGUCUCUCUGAUAUGACAAACUUGGAUUGGACUGAAGAAGUUGAAAAGAAUAUUAAAUUAGAUGAAAUCUCAGAAACAUCAACAAGUUUUUCUCAAAGUGUGAAGCCUUUACAGGAAGUUAAAAAAACGGAAUCUAAAGACCCUAAAAGGCGAUCUCGCAGACGAGAUAGAAGAAGCAGCAGUCGGGGACAAAAGAAUUCAGAAAAGAAGGAUCAUAAUAGAAAGGACAGUAAUGUAAGCAUCCAAAAUGAACCAGAACGAAAUCGCAAAGACAGUAAUGCUAGUAUUCAGUAUGAUAUGAAUCUUUCUGGACUAAAACAGCGAGAAAGAGAGAGAAGAGACAGCCAUCGGAGUAAUCGCUCAUCAACAAUUGGGAAUAGCAGGGAUGACUUAGACAGAUGGAGGUCUUUACGUUCAUACAGUCGAGAACAAAGCACUGAACGGAGAAUAGUGUCACAAUGUAACAGCAGAGAUACAUCAGUUAACAGAGCUUUAAGUCCUCGGGACAGCGAAGGUUUUAGAGUUCCAUCAAUGGCACCUAAGAGUGGGAAUUGGUCAGCAACAAAUCAGAAGAGGAACGAGAGUUCUUGGGCGAGCGGUCGUCAAUCAAGUGCGGAGAGGAGGCGUCACUCGCCCGCCCCGAGCGUAGCAAGCAUAGACCCGGCUAGCGAGAGUGUAGACGCGGGCUCAUCCGCCACCGGCAGCGGGCGCAGGUCUCGCAAGCGCGCCGGCCGCAGGCGCGGGAGGAACGCCGAGAAUGUACAGCCGUCACCGCAUCCACCGGGCUCUACACCCGCUCCGACCAAUAUCAAUUGGCGCGAAGAAAUACUUGAAGCGAAAAAACACCAACCUCACGAUAGGCCACAAGAGAAUUCUCAUCAACGUAAUAGACUAAAUAGUGUUUUAUCAGACAAAUCAGUCAGUGAUGUUUCCUCAUCACAACCAGGACUAUUGGUGUUGCCGCAUGGCUCUUCCACAAGCUCUCAUAAAGAUCAAGUUCGUGGCGGUAUUAAUGGACAUCAAAAAACACUAUAUGACCAUCACAACCCAUCUAAACCUAUCAUUGUGCAAACUAAUUCCACAAAACCAGACAUGAGGAUGGACAGAGGUGUGAAAGAGACGUCCCGCAACGGGCUCGGGUACGAGGUGUGCGAGGCGGGCGAGGCGGCGCGCGCGGCGCGGCACGUGGCGCUGCUGCAGCAGGUGGAGCGCGCCGACGCGAUACUGAAGACGCACACCGUGCGCGGCCCGCUCGCGCUCGCAGCCAACUGGCAGGACGUGACGGAGACUAGAAAGUUCUUACAAAGUGCUCUACAAAGGCUGCUCAUGUCUGAUCUCAAAUUUUGCCAAGCUGAUAAUAUAGAACAACAAUUUUGGAAAAUUCUUUAUUAUCAUUUCAUUGAAACGCUAAGGAAAAGCAUAACACAAGUGACACCAGAACAAAAAGUGGAAAUAGUGAAGUUAAUAAACACAAUCAUAGAUGAGGGUGUUAUCUUUUUCGAGAAUCUCAUACAAAUGUUAGAGAAAACAUAUAAAUUCAACACUGAAGAUUAUUUAAAUGAAAAUCACGCAUUACCACCGAAAGGGCUGGGCUAUGUUGGCCUAGCUAUGGUUUCAGUACAAAAACUGUAUGUAUUCCUCGGGGACUUAGCUAGAUAUAAGGAACAAGUGAAUGAAACAAAUAAUUAUGCUAAAAGUAAAUUCUGGUACACAAAGGCGCAGCAAGUUAAUCCUAAAAAUGGUCGACCAUAUAAUCAGCUGGCCAUUUUAGCUAUUUAUGCUAGGCGAAAACUGGAUGCAGUUUAUUAUUAUAUGAGAAGUUUAAUGUCAUCGAAUCCAUUUCAAUCUGCAAGAGAAAGUUUGCUAUCACUUUUUGAAGAAAAUAGGAAAAAGUACGAGGCGGCGGAACGCAAGCGGCGCGCGGUGGCCGAGAGCAAGGGGGCGGAGAGCUCCGGCGCGGAGUGCGCGGGCGAGGGCGGCGCGGCGCGGCGCGAGCUGUGGGUGCGGCCCGGCGCCGCGCGCACAGCGCACACGCACCCGCACCGCAUGGACCAGCACGACUUUGAUGCUAUGACGCCCGUCGAGUUGAAUAAAACCUUUAUAACCGCGUAUUUGCAUGUUCACGGAAAGUUAAUAACAAAAAUUGGCAUGGAGACGUUCGAAGAAAGCGCGACGCAGAUGCUGGGCCAGUUCCGCGCGCUGCUGCACCGCCAGCCGCUGCCCACGCCGGCCGCGCGCCUGCUGCAGCUCACGGCGCUCAACAUGUUCGCUGUUGAGACCAAUGCCGCCUAUCUUAAAGGUAGUGAAACCGGCGAGCGCACAGCGUGGCUGGAGUGCGCGCUGGGCGUGUCGCUGCUGAUGUUCGGCGCGCUGCUCGAGCGGUGCUGCGCGCUGCUGCCCGAGCCGGCGCACUCGCAACACCACACCGACGCGCUGUCCCUGCUGCCCGCUAUUAAGGUGUGGUCCGACUGGAUGUUAUGUCAUAGUAGCGUAUGGAAUCCACCACCGUCCUUAGACAAUUUUGGAACAGAAAACGAGAACGAUCCAUGGUCGUGGCUAGCGAAGUUAAUGAAUAUACUCGAAUCGAUGGACGACAAAUCUAUAGAACUGGAAAGUGAAGCUAAAGAUGGUUACAUAUGCGUGCGUCUCGCGGAGGACGCAUCGCUAGCAGGCUUCACGCCGCUCAUGUACAUGGAGCCGGCGGUCGCGUGGGCGCGCGCGGAGCCGCCGCUGCCGCACCACGCCGCUGAGCACGCGCUACGGACGAGGAAACUGCUGUUCUUUGGCACUGAAUAUCUUGUAGGCGUAGAGCCGCCGGUCUUGAAGUUAGAAUACCCAACAGACGCACAGCCCCGCUACGUUAGCGCGGUUCAACAAAUACAGCCCAACUAUACACAACUACAACAUUUGACUGAAGAUUCAGAAGACGAAGACAGCACAAGCGGUGCAACAAGCGGCCCGACCAGUCACAGCGAAGGCGUGGACGUUGAGGGAACGGACGAAGUUACAAGGCGAUUGUUGCGAAGGAAAGAACAACUGGAAUCUCGGAAGGCGACUCUGGAAAAACGACGACAGAGGAUGCAGGAGAUGCUGGGCAGCGGGUCCGUGUGCGUGGAGCUGGAGGUGCGUCCGCGCUGGCUGGUGCCCGACACCAACUGCUUCAUCGACCACCUGCCGCUGCUGCGGGCGCUGGUGGCCCCCGCGCAGACCUACCAGAUUGCCGUGCCGUUAGUCGUGAUGACGGAACUGGAGGGUCUCUGCAAGUGUUCGCGGCUGGGCUCGGCGGCGCGCGCCGCGCUGGCGUGGGCGAGCGGGGCGGGCGGCGGGGCGGGCGGCGGGGCGGGCAGCGGGGCGGGCGGGGUGCAGCGGGCCCGCGGCGUGCGGCUCGUCACCACGCGCGGCUCCGUGCUCACCUCGCGCACCUUCACCGCGGAGGACCACCGCCCCGGACACUCGAACGACGACCGCGUGCUCGAUACCGCUAUCAAUCUACAGGCCAAUGUUUCGAGCGAACAAGCAGAUACAAAAGAAGAGAAGGUGGCUACGGUCCGCGCGCGGCGCGUGUGCGAGGUGGUGCUGCUGACGGACGACCGCAACCUGCGCGUGAAGGCGCUCGCCGCCGACCUGCCCGCGCGCGACCUGCCCUCCUUCGCGCUGUGGGCCGGCGUCACGUGCGACAACCACAAGAAAGCGGAAUCUUCAUCCGUUGCGAACACUGCCGGCGACGCGAAGUAAUGUGCGCGUAAAACGUUCUUUUUUAGUUCUAGUUAAAAAAUUGUUGAUAUGAAAUCGUAAUGCGACACGAAUGUUGUAUGACAUUGUAGUUUUUAGAAUAUAAAUGAAAUAUUAUAAUGAUAAAUUUUAGUCGCCAGAGCUUAUGCGACGCCCUGAAUGUGUUUCACUUUAGUUUUAUAGGAAUUGAAUAGUUUAAGCAAAAUAAAUACACUAAUAGAUACAUAUUAUAUACAUACUUAUUAAUUAAUAAUAAUGAAAUUUUGUUAACCGCUUUAGGACUUCACUUUGGUGUUCCUAGGCUUGAUUUUUCAUUGUUAGAUAUAAUUUUUAUUUUUUUAUUAUGAUGAAAUGAAAUUGAGUGUUUCCACGUUAUCAUUUUCAAUAAAUAUUUUGGCGUUUUUGCAUCAUGUUAUAAAGUAGACGUGUUACAGUGAUUAUUGAUUAGAUAGUUUUAUUAUUACCGUGAAGUACAUAAUUCGUAGUGUAUUUUUGACAAAAAGGAUAAUUGCCUUGUUUUGUAGUAAGUAAUAGUAACAAUACCUAUGAAUUUUAUUGUUGCUUCUAAUUUAACAAUAAUUUAGAGCGUGAUUUGUCUCAUUUUUAUUGUGGCUUUAAACGUUUUAUAAAACUACCGAUAACUAAUUGGAGUAGGUACAAUGAUCUAUAAAUGUUCAAACUGACUGCAAAGUAAUAGUGUUGUAUAAGUAAAUAUAUAUUAAAUCAUGAGCUAUAUCUUGAAUUCACUAUAAUCUUUAUAUACUUUUGUUAAGUGUUUAAAAUCUCACUGUCAAUGAUUCUAAGCAAAUGUUCAUUAUUUUCCAUUUUUAUUCCAUAAAAGUCUAUAUUCUUCUAUUAUUUUUACUAGAUAUUGAAGUAAUUUUAAUUGUACACUUAAACAAGUUAUUCAUAUAUUUUUACUUUAUAGUUAGAAAAAAGUAUUAUAUGGUAAUAAAAAAAGAUUAUAAUAAAAAUGAUGAUUUGUAACUAUAGAGUCUAAUAUACACAUUCAUUUUCUUUUAGAAAACUUUGAAGCUAUUUUCUUUGUCUUAAUCAUGUUUUAAUAAACAAUGAUCACAUCA